AUGGACUCCAUCAAAGUUAGUACGCCGCAUUCAUUUCCAGGCUCUCCCACCUCGCCCAAGAGACAGAAGCACACGAGCAUAGCUUGCGAAGGCUGUCGCAAGCUCAAGAUACGCUGUUUGGGAGGGGAAGCAACAGCAAUCAGUAGUGCCCCGGUGGUCGCAUGGCCUUACAACCACUGCGCCAGUCUAUCGAAGCAUUGCGUCUGGCCUCAAGGGGAUGGCAGGAGAAGAGGAAGGACUUCUUCUCCAGGCAAUGCCGGUGGACGAGACAACAUCUCCAGAACACACAGAAACGAGAAUUCUAGUCUACCGUCCAUUCGACCCUUGAUUCCUCCUACACCCCCAAUAUCCACUCAAAGCUCUCAAGCUCUUAGAGCACCAGCAGGUCAUGGAAUCUCGCCCACCACCGUUCUUCCCGCAGCGAAUGGAGGCGCCAAUGGCAAGAUUUCACUUGGAGAACGCUCCGAAUCAUCUGCCAGUGAAACCCCUUGUGCUACUGUCCAUUACUAUCGUCAUUUAGGCCCCAUGGCCAUAGCGCCUGGUCACAGAAAGAUUAGCCUAAAAACCAAGCAUGACUACGAUGGCGAAGCAAGGCACCCUUCCGUUUCUUCUCAUUUCCACCAAGGUGAGCUGCUACCAUUGUUCAGCUCUACUGUGGCCCAAGAACUUGGUCUACAUCAAGAGCAGUCAUGCCUCGAUACCGGUCCGGAGUUUCACAUAGAGCGAGACCUCAGUGGCGAAGCUUCCAAGCCCCGAGUUCAGUCAAAGGACAUUGACAUCAAAGAAUUUGAAGCAUCGGCAAAAGUGAUGCUCUUCUGUCUCCACUUGUUCUACCACCUCCAAAUCGCCUUUCUUAUUCAAGAAAGCCCCGCCGGUGACGAUGAAAGCCUCGUGAGGCCUCCUGACCGUACAGUUACCAACGAGGAACCCAUUGACCAAAGUCCAGGUCUGGACAUUCGGAAAGUCAAUCAAGAAUUAUACAGAAAUGCCAUCAAGUCAAUAACGGACAUGCUGACGUUCGCAAAAUUGAUCGACGAUAGGGCGCUUCUGACUACCAUCUUCAUCAAUCAGUCCUUUUUUCACGCCGCUUGUGCAUACAGCCGGGAUAUGCUUCGCGGUCAGAGUAAGGGCAAGACUACCCUUCCGAAGGAUCUUUCACCUUCUGCUUUCCCUAUACCUCCUCAGACAUCACCAUCUAUGGUCUUCCAAUUCGACAAGAUCUCAGGGUCUCACACAGCAUCUAAUGCAGCGACCGAGUCGGCUUACUCCUUUCUCUCACUUGUUGCGAAGGCCAACUACCAGUUCUCGAGACAAGCCAUCAAGGACCAAGCCCGGAUAUGCUGGAUCUGGAUGGGUAGACGUCGUGCUUGA